AUGCCCAAACUGACAAAUGAUGUGCCGGAUGAUGCGCAGAGAAAAAAAGGUGUGGCGGAUGAGGAGCUUGCGAAGAAAGAGGCUGAGAGAGCCAGGAAGCGAGAAUUGGACGAGCGCGACGAGGAACUCAUCAGGCAGACAGAGGCAAAACGUCAGCGAUCUGAGUCGGUUGAUUCUGUUUCCACCAUCUCGACCAACCGCUCUGCCUCGCCGCCACCUAGACGUCGUUCCCCGUCACCCGCAUCUGCUCGCCGCAGCCUGUCCUUCAGCCGGGAAAGCGAUGACGAUCGCUCUGUGUCCCGAAAGUCUGCAAGAAGUCGGCAAACGCAAUCGCCACCUCGCCGCCGCCAGCGGUCUCUCUCCAGAGAUAGCCGCUCUCCUCCGGCCAAAAGUGCCAGGAGAUAUCGCGAGAGGGACGAUGAUUACGCAAGGCCCGCUGCUAGACAAAAUCAGGCACCCCAGCGUUCUCUUGAAUCCCCUGGAUCCCGAGAGUCUUCAAUGUCGCGUGAUGGUGGUGUUCGUGGCAAUCGACGGUCUUUGUCCGCAUCUCCUGACCGACGGGGCCCAAGAUUUGACGAUAGUUCAAACCGAGGCGGCGAGAGAAACUUUAGAGGCGCGUCAAUUGGCCGAUUUGGACGAGGCGGCAGGAACGACAGGCAAGAAAGACAACCGGAGCAGAGACAAGCCCAACGCGAACGCAGUCUCAGUCCAUUCAGCAAGAGACUGGCCCUGACGCAGUCGUUGAAUACGGGCAGAUAG